GCCUGGCCUCCCCUGAAAAUCCGCUUAUGAUUGUAACGUGUGGUAGUUCUAAGAUAAUUCCUUCGGUGUUUCUAAAUUCAAACGCAUGACUGGAGAACAAACAUAUUUUAAACAUGUUAAGAGCAUUCUCAUUUGUUCAUGGAACCUAACUGCAAACUGAUGCUAUAAAGCUAGUCCUAACACACGACUGUUUAAAAACACUGCCUUAGUCAUAAAAAUAUCAAUGUGUUAGCGGGAAAAUGUUUUUUUUUUUUUCUUCUUCUAUUUAUCCGAAACUAUGACUUCUACAAUCAUUGACCAUCUUUUAAUGUGAACUUAAAAAGGCACCAAAUGAGAAUUUACUUGAGAAUUUCUCAGGUUUUCUGAUGAAUAUUGAAUGGGAUUUCUGGAUUGGAUUUUGCUGUGGUGGACUGUGCUUUCCCACAAUCCAUUUCGUGUUAAGCGUCAACGUCAUGUGUUGUAUCUGCAUCAUUCCCUCGGAGAUCUGUUGGUUUUCCUUGUGCAACCACAUGGCAAGACAGCGACACGCUCUGUCCGGAAAAUGUGAACGAGCUCAUUCCGCUUUACGUAUUGAUUUAUAGUUGCGUUUUGAUUUGUUUAUUCAGGGUUUGACCUACACAUAAGUGUUAAUAAUGUCGCAGUUGCAAGCGAGGUUUUUCACACAAAACCCAAGGUAUGUAGUAGAAGAUGUUCCAUUCUCCAUCCCGGCCAGUUCUGAAGUCCUUGACCUCAGCAAUGUCAUCAACAAGCUUCUGGGGGCCAAGAAUGAAUCUCAUACCAGAGUCGACUUCGACUUCCUGGUCAGAGGUCAAUUUCUCCGAACAUCUCUGUUCAGUCACAUGGAAACAGAGAGCAUAUCGACGGAAGAUGUUGUGGAGAUUGAAUACGUAGAGCGGAUCACAGCGCCACAACCUGAGGAGUGUAUGAUGCACGAUGACUGGAUUAGUUCUGUUGAGGCAGAUGCUGAAUGGAUCCUGACAGGAUGUUAUGACAAGUCAGCCAAUAUCUGGUCCUUGGAGGGCAAGGCUAUGACAAAAGUGGCCGGACACACAGACGUGGUCAAAGAUGUCGCCUGGGUGAAGAGGGAUGGCCUGACCUCUCUGCUUCUGACUGCCUCGCUGGACCAAACCGUCAUAUUGUGGGAGUGGAACUCUGAGAAGAACAUUGUGGUGGCGAAGCACUGCUGCCGAGGACACACGGGAAGCGUUGACACGGUAGCCACGGACCCCACUGGUUCAAAGUUCUGCAGUGGCUCCUGGGACAAAAUGUUGAAGAUAUGGUCAGCAGUUCCCUCUGAUGAAGCAGAUGAGGUCGAAGAGCCUGCCGACAGGCCAAGGAAGAAACAGAAGACUCAGCAGCUGGGCCUUACUAGGACACCUAUAAUGACGUUAUCUGGGCACAACGAGGCUUUAUCCUCAGUGCUGUGGUCUGACAGCGAGGAGGUUUGCAGUGCAUCCUGGGAUCACACGAUCCGUUUGUGGGAUGUGGAGACAGGAGAGACGAAGACAACCCUGACUGGGACCAAAGUAUUUAACAGUAUUUCCUACUCGCCUUUGUGUCGUCGCCUGGCUUCUGGAAGCACUGACCGACACAUCAGGCUGUGGGACCCUCGUACCAAGGAUGGUUCACUGGUGUUACUGUCCCUGACCUCCCACACUGGCUGGGUCACCACUGUCAAGUGGGCCCCGUCACAUGAGCACCAGCUGGUUUCCGGAUCGCUCGACAACCUGGUCAAACUGUGGGACACCAGAAGCUGCAAAGCUCCAUUGUAUGACCUAGCAGCCCAUAAAGACAAAGUAUUCUGUGUGGACUGGACAGAAAGCGGGCUAAUGUUGAGUGGAGGAGCUGAUAACAAACUGUACACCUUCAGAUACUCGGCAUGUCCGACAGAUGCGGGAGCAUAGUCUCAAAAGAGACCCACUUCCUUCUGAAUCUUCUGUGCAAAAGCCCUUUGUGACUCGUGACCAUUUUAUUUUUACGUUUUUCAAACGAAUUAUGUAAUUUCUCCUAACAAUCAUAAACGGAUUUAGUCGCCAAAAUAUUGCCUCCGUCAUUUGUUUGCUAUUGUGUUUGUGUAGUGGUAGGUGGGUUGUAAUAGUUUUAUUUCCUUUAUAGAUGCUACGGCAACAGUAAAUAUAUGGCGAAAAACACAGACAAGACUGAAAAAGCAGUUUCUGCUCUUGCACUCCUCAACUGCUGUAUUUUAAGCCAAAACAACUGUUGUGUUUGAUAGAACAAUG